UGCUUGAUUUUCAGGCUACAGGCAGUCAGUGCACUUUCCCAUAUGAUAGAGACAGAAUGAACUGAUAAACCUGUGAUAUAUAAAAAUGGUUCUUCCCGGAUUUUUGAGAAGGGUCGCUAAAGCAUUUCCUACAAUAGUUCAAGCAGUAGCUCUGAUAGCAGUUUUUCAUCUAGUGGGACAGGGACUGAUUAGUAGGUUUGGGGGUGCAAAAUAUCGGUUCUCUAGAAACCAGCAUAUAGGCUACGGAGUUGAUAAAGUUCAGAAAGUUAUCAAAUACGUAGACAAGAAUAUACCUAAAUAUCAUCCUAAACCUGGAAAUCAAGGUAAAACCAAGAUUACAACCCCUCCUCCAGCAAGUACAACAACUACAACUCCUGCUCCUGCUCCUGCUCUGUCUAUACUAGAACAGGAACAGAGAAAGAGAAUUCAGACUCUGCAAGAUGGCUGCGCCAGAAUCAACGAAAAGAAGAACGGGGAUGAGAAUGAACUAACGGAGUUUGAAGAAUUUCUCCGGAACGAGAAUCUUCCAACAAAACCUCUUUGGCAAAAUCUUAUUUGCAGCAAGGAACACCACUUAAGCUUCUGUCCCUCCUACAAGAGCGCUCAAAACUACAUCUUUAAGAAAAUGCUUCUUCUCUCUCCCAAGAAAAGGUACACCAAGGAGGCACUUAAAGAUGUGGAUAUUCCGUUUCCUGUUCUUGCAAGGAAGGAUUUUGGAUAUCUGGACUCAUGGGAUAUGUAUCCAGAGUUCACAGAGAGUGGUACAACGUUCCUGUUUGUGAGGAACCCGUUCCAAAGAUUACUAAGUGCGUUCCGUGACAAGUUGGAGGAUCCUUCGAUCCAGAAGAAGAAAUUUAAUGAGUAUUAUUACAAUAAGUACGGAAGAAGAAUUGUAAUGCAUUACAGAAGAGCAAAAAUUACCGGUCCAACCUUUAAAUAUCCUCGGUUUAACGAGUUCCUUGAGUUUAUCGUGAACCGAGAUAUUAGACACGAUGAUGAAGAAUGGGCUCCAUACUUUAUGGGAUGCUCUCCUUGUCAGAUCAAAUACAACUUCAUAGGCCAUUUUGAGACGCUGUACUGGGAUAUACAUCUUCUAGCAAAUAAGACUGGGCUUUCUAAAGAGUGGGAUGAUCCACAAGAUUUCUUUCAGAGUUCUACGUCUACUGAAGUGGAGAAAGAAUACUAUAGUUUAGUAGAUCGAGAUAUAAUUAGAAAAAUAUACUCCAGGUAUCGGAUAGAUUUUGAUCUAUUUGGAUAUUCUCCUGAUGAAUAUAUAUCCUGGAGUAUACCUGGUCCUGAUGAUAUUGUAGAAACAUCCCCUAAACCCCAGGAUAUUCCUGAGCCGGCAGAUGAUACUAAAGAUUCCAACCCUGAUAAUAAAAACAGUGAAAUAGUUAGUCCAGAAGCAAUCCAGGUUGAUCCAAUCCCUAGUUCCGGUCUAGAUCUGAACACGGAGGAGAAGGCCGACCCGCUCAAGGUCCAGGUUGAGAUUGAUCAAUCUCAGGAUAACAACUCCGAGGAUGAAUUAUCAAGUUAAACCUUUAUCUUCCUAUCUCCAACUGUGAUAAAGAGAUACAAAAAAAUCUAAAAUUCUAACUCACACGAUAUAUUGAUGUUUAUUCGGCAAUAUUGGAAGUUUCAGAUUCUGAAUCAAAACAAAUCUUCUUGCCAAAAUUGAACGCUGCUCUUCAUUUAAAUUUUUAGCUCUCUUUGCCAAAUGAAAAAAAAUUACGCCUGGGAGGGUUUGAAUAUUGGAAUAUUUAAAAAUAUUUCUAUUCUCAAACUUUUCCGGCUUUUGUAUAUAUGUAUUUGCUUAAACUUGCUUUUAUUCCUUCAGUAUAUGAUAAGUGCACUGUAUAAGUUAAUAAAUUAAAUGUUAUUUUA